CACAGCUCUGAGUAAUCACUCUAAACGUAGCUAGGCUACUUAAUCUAUCUGUAGCUGUUCACUGUUCAACUGCCUGACUGUGUGUCAGUGUCUGGCUGGCGCUGAUAUUAGUGUUGAGAGUUGCAGAGAGAGCAGCGGUUAAGUUUUCCACUUGCCGCCAUAUCAGAGGGGUCUCUGUCCCCUGGAUAUAUUUUCAUAGCGGAUUGACUGACAGGCAGCGUCCGUCAAAACACCAGCGGGUUCUCUUCUCUCCAGCGCAGGGCCGCUUCGGGGAAACUAUGGGGAAAGAUUAUUAUAAAAUCCUGGGUAUAGUGAAAGGAGCGGCCGACGAGGAUAUCAAAAAGGCGUACAGAAAACAGGCUCUGAAAUGGCACCCGGACAAAAACAAGGCGGCCAACGCCGAGGAGAAAUUUAAGGAGAUCGCCGAGGCAUAUGAAGUCCUCAGUGAUCCGAAGAAAAGGGAGAUAUAUGAUCAGUAUGGAGAGGAAGGUCUCAAAGGAGGUCCCAGUAGUGGUCCAGAUGACCAGGGCAGCAACUUCACCUCCUACACAUUCCACGGAGACCCCCAUGCCACCUUCGCCACCUUCUUCGGCGGUGCCAACCCUUUCGAGAUGUUCUUCGGACGCAAGGCUAACGGGCGCGGUCCGGGCGGAGACGACGAGGACAUGGACGUGGACGGCAACGACCCGUUCGGCUCCUUCACCUCGUUUAAUCUCAACGGGUUCCCUCGGGACCGCCACGUGGGGCUGGGCGGACAGCAGAGGAGGAAGCAGGACCCGGCCGUCCAUCACGAGCUGCGGGUAUCCCUGGAGGAAGUGUUUCAUGGUUGCACCAAGAGGAUGAAGAUCAGCAGGAAGAGGAUGAACCCUGACGGACGGACCAUGAGGACGGAGGAUAAGAUUCUCACCAUAGAGAUUAAGAGAGGGUGGAAGGAGGGGACCAAGAUCACGUUCCCCAGAGAAGGAGAUGAGUCGCCCAAUACCAUCCCUGCUGAUAUCGUGUUCGUCAUCAAGGACAAGCCCCACAUGCACUUUAGAAGGGAGGGGUCGGACAUCGUGUACCCGGUGAAAGUUAGUCUACGACAGUCGUUGUGUGGUUGCUCGGUGACGGUGUCUACGAUAGACGGGAAGACGUGUAACAUGAAGAUCACGGAUGUGAUAAAACCAGGCAUGAGACAGACUGUAGCAGGACAGGGCCUCCCCUUACCCAAGAACCCCGAGCAGAGAGGUGACCUGGUGGUGGAGUUUGACGUGAACUUUCCUGAGAGUCUCCCCAGCAACGCCAAGGAUGUCCUGAAGAGGCAUUUACCUGCUUCCUAGAAGAACAGACACAC